CUCCACCAAGCAAACACGAAGCCACGAGGCUAUGUGCGAGUAAUAUCGCAACAAAACCAGAACUACCAAACCCAACGCUAUUCCCAAUUCUAUCUCCUCCCCCCAUUCAGCCCUGCCAAAAGAGAACCUUGGAAGCCAUGUCAUCGCCCAAAGAGCCACCAACCGCCCGGCCCCCCGCCAUCAACUACGUCCUGAGCUUCAUCCUCGUCGGCCUCGCCUGGGGCCUCACCACGCCCUUCAUCCGCCGCGCCGCCCGCACCCACAAGCCCGCGCCUCACCCUCUGCUCGACUCCCCCGCCGUCAAGCAGAGCUGGCUCCGCUCCAGGCUCUACGCCGCCUUCUUCUCGGUCCUCGAUCUGCUGCGUAAUCCGCGCUAUGCCGUCCCGCUUGUCUUGAACCUCACCGGCAGCGUCUGGUUCUUUCUCCUCAUUGGCAAGGCUGAAUUGAGCCUUACCGUCCCGAUUGUGAAUGCCAUGGCCUUCCUUUUUACUGUUGUGGGCGAGUGGUUGGUCGAGGGUAAAGUAAUUAGUAGAGAAACCGGUAUUGGCAUGACAUUAUCUUUGGUGGGAAUCGCAUUGUGUGUUCAGAGCAAGACCUAAGGCAAAGGCAGUGCAGUAUAUCAAGUUUCGUUUUUGAUAGCGUCAUAAGCCAGCGGCUGUAAUAAAAUCAAUAUAUUUGUAGAAGUAAAAAAAAAAAAAACUCAUUUGCUGCAGAAAAAGGUG